AUGCGGGAGGAGUGGGUGGAGUUCGCACGCGUGGAGCUGCUCCCGGUCCUGCAGGAGGCCUCCAGGGGCAUCGAGAAUAAGGACUGGCAGCUGAGAGUGUAUUUCACCGGUGACGAGCUGGCCGAACUCGAGAUCAUGACAAGCUUAUUCAGCGACUUGUACCUGGCCGCUGGCUCGAUGUUGUUCGUCGUCGCGUACAUGCUGUUUCACACCAAGAGCAUGUUGGUGAGCUUGGUUGGGUUCUUUGUCAUCACCCUGAGUAUUCCGACCGCGUAUGCCAUAAGUGCAUUUACUACUGGCACGACAUCCCUGAGCAUUGCGUCAUUCUUGGCCGUGUUCCUCGUGGUCGGCCUGGGCUCAGACGUGGUGUUCAUCUACUCGGACUUCUGGCACGACUCCGCAGCAAAGUUCAUGGACCUGGAGAGCCGGCUGGCGUGGACCGCGGUGAAGGCCGGGAAGGCCUCGCUGGCGACGACGGGCAUCACCGCCGUGUCCUUCUUCGCGAACAUCGCCUCCGUCCUGAAGCCGUUGCGCGAGUUCGGCUUCUUCAUGGGCCUGUGCGUGCUGCUCGUGUGGGUGCUGCUGUCAGGGAUCCUGGUGCCGCUGCUCGUGCUGAACGAGAGGUGCUGCUGCAGCCUCGACGCCUGCCGCGCCUGGUGCUGGCUGGUCACCUGGUGCUUCCGCCGGCGGCCGCGCCGGCACCGGCGCAAGCCGCUGAGCGCGGCCCCCAGCCGGACGAAAGUUUUCUUCGGCCCGAUCAGCGAGGUGGCGAAGCCCAAGCGCGGCGCCGAGGCACUGGUAGCGCCACCGAACGAGGCCGCAGGCUCGAACGACGGGGCCCCCAACGGCAAACUGCAGAACCUCAUGUGCCGCAUGCUCCUCCAGCACGAAGCCGCCCACCAGUCGGUUGCCCGAGACGACAACUUCACACUGACGCUCAAGGAGGGCGCGAAGAUCGAGAUGGCCCUGGAGCAAGGCUACCAGCACUAUGUUGACGAGGGCAAGAAGGCACGCGAGGGCGACAACUUUCGCGGUCACCCCGAAGGCAAGAAGCCUGACGCGCUGUUCCGCAUGAUCAUCUUCCGCCUCGCGGAGGCGGUUCAGAACGACUUAGAGAAUGUGAGGCAUGCGAUCGGCCAGGGUCCGUUCGCGACAAAGGCGCUCGAAGGACUGAACGUGCUGCUGUGCUGGGGCCCGCUAAUUCAGGACAAAGAUACGAUGGUCAAGUCGACGCGGUGCUUCGAGGUGGCACUCACCGAGGGCGGCGAGAACCAAGUACGCUGGACCUGGGCUUGCAACCACCACAUCGAUCUCAAGAACGCUCUGACGGUGCUGAGGCUCGACAACGGCUUGACUGCGGCGAACAUCAUGCUCGGCCACGAUCACGGACCCCGCUCGAAGGCGGCCAAGCAGUUAGAACAGCUGGCGUUCAAGGGCGGUGCCGACACGGGCGAGAAGGGCGGCGCCAAGAAGCCCAAGCGCAAGUAG